AUGUCUGCCUGGCAGGAGUGUCAACGCCGUGGAGAGACAGGAGAAAGUAUCGUUCACCUUCUCGGUCAAACUCAGAUUGAAAAGAACAGAUACUAUGUGAAAAGUGUAGGUGAAGUCAUACAAUUCCUCUCAGUAAAUGAACUGGCUUUUCGGGGGCACACUCACGGGGCUGAGAAUGAGGAAGGGCUUUUAAUCCGGCUGUUCGAGUAUACACUCCUCAAAGAUCAAAAACUGAAGGAUAUCGCAAAAUGCAUCCCCGAAAAUGCUAAAUACACGUCUAACACCAUCCAAAACGAGAUAAUUGAAACUCUGGCAAAAAUGGUUCUAAAAGAAAUCAAAAGGAAAUAUGAUGAGGCUGACACCCCUGGCAUGAGCAUCAAGUGUGAUGGCACCAGGGACCGCUGUGUUUUUGGAGACCAGCUGACGGUGCUGCGUAGCCCUCAGUAUGUGAACUUCAGGUCGGGACAAUGGCCGCUAGCGGGAGAGAAGAUCCCGGACCUGGUAGCUCUCACCAUGGGCUUCUCCGUCCAUCUCGAAUGGCCAGGCUUAGCAGCAGGUUCCCUGUUCCAGCGUCCUCGUGCCAAUGCUCUGAUUGCCGUCCAUGACAUUGAUGGUUUCGAUCUUCCCUCUAACAUCUCUUCUUAUCCUCUGGAAAAUACGGUGCCGUUUACCCUGGACAGCGUUGCAAACUCCAUCCACACUCUGUUUGCUGAGAGCACACCUGUGGUUCUGCAGCUCGCCCCCAGCGAGGAGGCUGAUCUGCUCUUCCUGUCCGAGAUUCAAGUGUUGCAUGAUAUUUCUGCUCUGCUGAUGAGACACAAGCACUUGGCUAAGGACCAGGCUCCUGAUCUGUUCUCUCUGGAGCUGGCUGGGAUGGAGGAGCUCACCCGGCGCUACGGCCCGGACUCCCCUCAGUUCCAAGACGCCCGGCAGAUUCUGGUAGCUGCGCUGCAGAAGUUUGCUGAUGAUGUCUUCGGCGUUUAUGGCAGCAAUGCGGUGGUGGAGGUGGUGACGUUGAAGACGUUUGAGACUCCGCUAACCAGGAAGUCGCGCUCCAUCCUGGAGGCGAAGCAGAUUAGUAACCCAGGAAGCCCCUACAAUCUGGCCGACAAGUACAACUUUGAAUACGCUGUCGUGUUCAACAUCGUGCUGUGGCUCAUGAUCGCGUUGGCUCUCGCCGUCAUCGUCAUCUCGUACAACUUGUGGAACAUGGACCCGGGCUACGACAGCAUCAUCUACAGGAUGACCAAUCAGAAGAUCCGCAUGGACUAAUCAUGCAUUACAUUCCGUCGCAGUGUUGUGUGUAGACAGGUUUCUCACUUCCAUUCCUCCCCUGCGUAUGUGUAUAUAUCGCUCUGAAAUUUCAGUUUGUGAAUAAGUAGGAUGAAGAAUAUUUAUUGACCCCUGCUGUUUUGCUGAAAAAUCUAAAUGAGAACGGGACGCAUGUAUUUCGCCUUUGUUAAUAGCACGCUGGGUGUGGUUUCGUUGAGUAAGUGCACUGCUGUGGAAUUGUGUGAAGUCGUCACGCUAGUGUCGUAAUGGUGUUCUGUGUCGUGUUCCUGCUCGAGUGACAUGUUGAAUCAUGUGUUUUUGUUUUUAUUCCUGAUACACUGGACUACAUAAUAUGAUGGCGAUUGUAGAGAGGUGGGACGAUAAACUAAAAUUGCAUGUGGUAAAACUUCACCCAGGUGUGAUGUUAAAACAUGGAGAUCAGACAUGAUUUUAUUUGGAAAUAAAAAUAUACAUCCAAAAUCAGACAA